AGGUACGUAGCCAAAUGUUAUAAGAAGACCAAGAAUAUACAGCAGUAUCAACAAGACGUGAUAUGUCAGAUGACAGCUCGUUACUAUGCAACGCUUUUCAAUCAACAGCUCUACCAGGCGGGUAAGCAUCAAUUUCUUUUGUACAAAUCCAGCAAUGAUUUUUUCAAUAUUUCUUUAAGUUAAAAUAAAAUUUCUUGUUACCCAAUCGAAUGCAGUUGGUGUCGGUAUCUCUGUGAGCGGAGGGAGGGGGAAAACUUCAUUAACGUCAUACCCUUUUGUCUUUACCUCAUGAAUAAAAUGCGGUGGAAUCUCAUUAUAGAGGUUAGGCAUCACGUUUACGUCAAACGGCAAACGCGAUGUUGUAGCACCUGACCAAGUUUCUCCUUUACUUGUCGUUUACUUUCCUUAUUUCUAAACAUAAAGUAGUAGUUUCACGCCAUUUUUUAUCCAUAUUUUUGUCUGCUCAUUUUCUAUCUUGACGUUUGCCGUUUGCUGUAUACUCUCUAAUGAUAUAAGGUCAUGUGCUACUUAAGAAUGGUUUAACCGGUUUGACAGGUUUUCUAGUUAUUUUAAGAUCGAUGAAGGUUUAAGAAAAGUAUUUAUUUGUUUAUUCAUAUUGUCGAAAGAAUAAGCUUUUACUCGCCUGUUCUAUUUCCUGCCGCUUUCAUUGUCCAACAAUUUGUUCGAGGUCCGAUUCACUGAUUCUUUGUUCGCAGAUCGUGCAUCUUUAAUGAGGACGAGGAUCUCUUUCUACUACGAAAAACAAUUUUCCGCUUUCCCCCUUCUUCCACCUCCACCACCACCACUACCACAUUUCUAAACUAAAAGCGCCAAUGAAAAUGCAAACUAAGAAGAAUCUCAACUGCGUAUAAAGUUGUGCGAAAUACCAAUAUCUAAGUUUUCACGUUGUAAAAUCUUUGUAUUGCAGAUUUAAACGUCGGUCACAUCCAGUUCCUACCUGUAGUCUUGCUGCAGUUGAUUAACGAGGAUGGUUCUUUAAGCGGUGUAUACAAUGUCGAACCGUACAUGGCAGGAGAGUUUGUCAAACUCACCAAUAAUUUAGACUUUGUAAGAAGAGUAGGCCCAGUGUCUGACCUCGUCCUGGCAUUUGGUCAUUUCUCCUACCAGGCUUCCAACGAGCUGUUGGUUAUCGUAGACAUUCAAGGUUGGACGCCAUCAGCAGAGAAUCAAUCUCGUUGCACAUUCCUCACUGAUCCGCAGAUCCAUUCUGUGGUUUACAAAUGCUUUGGUACAGGCAAUCUGCGUCAAGAUGGUUUUGACGGGUUUUGGCGUCAUAUGCACCCAGAAUGUAACGAAAUCUGUAAAAAGAUACAGUUGGUCAGGCCAAAUGCUAAAUAG